AUGGACAUGCAUGAUCAGAGAGACCCGCAAAGCAGAGCAGAUAUCAUUGCUAGAGUAUUCAAACUGAAAGUACAAUCCUUCAUAAAUUACCUAAAGCAAGAUAAACCUUUUGGAGAAAUCGAUGCAUAUUUGUACACAAUUGAAUUUCAAAAAAGAGGGCUUCCCCACUGUCACACAUUAAUUUGGGUAAAUGCUAAAUACAAUAUAAAAACUCCGGAAGAAGUUGAUGCAUUUAUUACAGCAGAACUGCCGGAUCCAUUACUAGAGCCUCAACUACAUGCAACUAUAACAACGUGCAUGAUCCAUGUUCCGUGUGGAUUGCUCAAUGAAAGAGCUCCAUGUAUGAAGGAUGGAAAGUGCAGCAAACAUUUCCCAAAGCCAUUCCUCGCCGCUACAGUCUUUGAUACAGAAGGUUACACUCGCUACAAACACGGACCAGAUGCCCAACACACAACAUCAUGUGGAACCAUUAUCCAUAAUGGAUAUGUUGUGCCAUAUAACAAGAAACUUUGCUCCAGAUUCGAAGCUCAUAUAAAUGUAGAAUAUUGUGGGUGGAACAUGAUGAUCAAAUACCUUUUUAAGUAUAUCUCAAAGGGAAUAGAUCGUGUCAGAUAUGUCAUUCAAAAGGAUGUAGGUGUCAAUGAUGUUGGACCAAGCAACACUAUAAAUGAACAACCGGAUGUCAUGUGUCAAGAAAAGCAACGCAUUGAUGAGAUAAAAACAUAUUUGGAUGGUAGAUAUAUUUGUCCACAUGAAGCAGCAUGGCGAAUAUUUGAUUUCCCUAUACAUCACCGAAAUCCAGCGGUCCAGAUACUCUCAGUUCAUGAAGAAAAUAGUCAAUCAAUUCUUUUCAAGGAAGACACAACAAUAAUACAAGUUCUCUGUAAUCCAUCUGCUACUAGGACAACCCUUUUAGCAUGGUUUGAAAGCAACGCAAAGGACCCGACAGGUCAUCAACACACAUAUAUUGAGUAUCCAAAAUACUACAAAUGGGAUGGCCCUUCCAAAUCGUGGGAUAGGAGAGCAGCUGUUUCAUCCAACAUGGUUGGUCGUCUUGUAUUUGUGCAUCCAUCAUCUGGUGAAUUGUUCUACUUGCGGUUGUUGUUGUGUCACCAAAAGGGUUGUACCUCUUUUGAAGACCUCCGAACCGUAUCUGGUUAUGUUCACCCUACGUACAGAUCUGCAUGUAAUGCGCUUGGAAUCAUAGGGGAUGACAUUGAGUUGCUUGUUGCGUUCAAUGAUGCUUCUACAUGGGCAACACCGUUCCAACUUCGUCUUUUUUUUUGUAGUUUGUUAUUAUUCAGUGAAGUUACAGAUCCAAACCUUUUGUGGCAAAAGGUUUAUGAAAAAAUGUCAGACGACUACAUUUAUAGAUUAAAUUCAACAUUACCUGAUAAGGCUUUCUAUGCAACAGACGAUGUAGUUCGUCAGCAAUUACUUCAUGAUCUAAAAGACAUGCUCUCUUCUUCUGUUCCAACAAGAUCACUUGCUUAUUUCAAUUUGCCCAUGCCAUCACCUGUUAUGCAUAUAAUUCUCCAAAAUCGACUACUCCUGGAAGAGAUGACUUACGACAAAAGGGUUUUGGCAGAUCAGCAUGCACAAUUGCUUCCACAACUAAAUACGCAACAGAUGGCGAUCUAUAGAAAUGUUGUUUCCUGUAUAGAAGCUAACAAACAGAUUCUUAUGUUCGUUUAUGGCCAUGGGGGUACUGGAAAGGCAUUCCUUUGGACAACUAUUCUUUCUUUUUUUCGAUCGCUCGGAAAGGUUGUUCUUGCAGUCGCCGCUUCCGGAAUAGCAUCAUUGCUUUUGCCUUCUGGAACCACAGCACAUUCGAGAUUUAAGAUACCAAUUGAUCUCGCCAGCAACAGAUCAUGCGAUAUAAAAAAAAAGGACAUCAAUAGCGAAUCUUAUGAAACAUACAUCACUCAUCAUAUGGGAUGA